UGCUUACCCCCUUCAAACCCUUAAAACGCCAUUAGUAUUUUUCUCCAUUGCAGGCGCUCGACAAAUGUCCAGGUAGAUGGGGGCGAAGCAGAGACCAAACAGGCGGAAAUUGAAAAAACCGACACAAUUUCAUCGGGUUGUUACAGUAGUUUAAGACUUAGGGUUAAAGUUCCAACAUUGCACUUCCUAUUGCAAUAAGAAUCCGAAUUUCAGGGUUACGGUUUGGGAUUCUCGCUGGGAUGUCUGAUUACGAUAGUCGAUAUGAUGGUAAUGGCGACGCCUAUAGACCAUCCGGUUCUUCUGCAGAGAACAAGUGGGCUGAUCAUGGAGGAUCCUCUCCUUACGAUGUAUUCGAUGAUCCGGACUCGCUAAAUAAGCACACUUAUCGUGGAUCAGAUCAUGAUAGAUCAAGGAAUAGAGAGUGGGAUCGCGAUAGGGAAAGAGAUCGAGAUCGCCAUCAUAGAGAUUACAAGGAUAGAAGCGCGAGGGAUGAAAGAGGAAGGGACAAAUAUGAUGAUUAUGACCGUCAACGGAGCCGUGAUUAUGACAGGCACCGAGAUUAUGAUCGAGAUAGAAGUAGGAGGCAUAAACAUAGGUCACCCUCUCGUUCAAGAGAUAGAUCUAGGAACAGAUCUAGAUCACGUUCUCGUUCUCGUUCUCGUUCAAAAAGCAAAAGGCAAAGUGGUUUUGACAUGGCACCACCAGGUGCUGCAAUGCUGCCCGGUGCUGCUGCUCCAGGAGCACAAUUGGGUGUUCCUCAGACAACGCCAGGAAUGCUCCCCAACAUGUUUCCUUUUGGGACCACUCAGCUUGGGACUAUUCCACUUGUGCCCCCCCAAGCUAUGACUCAGCAGGCCACAAGGCAUGCACGCCGAGUAUAUGUUGGUGGUCUCCCUCCUAUGGCAAAUGAGCAGACUAUUGCAACCUUCUUCAGCCGGGUAAUGGCAGCUAUUGGAGGAAAUACUGCUGGUCCUGGUGAUUCUGUGGUUAAUGUGUAUAUCAACCAUGAAAAGAAGUUUGCUUUUGUCGAAAUGAGAUCUGUUGAAGAAGCAAGUAAUGCGAUGGCACUGGAUGGGAUUAUAUUUGAGGGUGUCUCUGUGAGGGUUCGAAGGCCUACUGACUACAACCCUUCAUUGGCUGCAGCUCUUGGGUCUAGCCAACCAAGCCCUUAUCUUAACUUAGCUGCAGUUGGUCUUACACCUGGUGCAAUUGGUGGAGCAGAAGGACCGGAUCGUAUAUUUGUUGGUGGGUUACCAUAUUAUUUUACAGAAGCACAGAUAAGAGAACUGUUAGAGUCCUUUGGACCUUUGCGUGGAUUUGAUCUUGUUAAGGAUAGGGACACAGGAAACUCAAAAGGUUAUGGAUUCUGUGUGUAUCAGGAUCCUGCGGUGACAGAUGUUGCUUGUGCUGCACUUAAUGGUCUAAAAAUGGGUGACAAAACUUUAACUGUCCGACGGGCUACUGCUAGUGGCCAGACAAAAACGGACCAGGAAAACAUAUUAGCACAGGCUCAACAGCAUAUAGCUAUGGUCCUCCAGGCUGGCACUGGAAAUUUUCCUGGAGCUAUGGCAGCAGAUAAAACUGCUGAGUUUCCAACUAAAGUUGUCUGCUUGACUGAGGUUGUUGGUGCUGAUGAGCUGAGGGAUGAUGAAGAAUAUGAAGAAAUAUUAGAGGACAUGAGGGAAGAAGGCAGGAAGUAUGGUUCCUUGGUGAAUGUUGUUAUCCCUCGCCCAAGUCCAAAUGGAGAACCAACCCCAGGAGUUGGAAAGGUGUUUUUGGAGUAUUCAGACAUUGGUGGUUCUUCCACGGCGAAGAAUGCGCUGAAUGGUAGGAAAUUUGGGGGAAAUACGGUCACUGCCAUUUACUGUCCUGAAGAUAAAUAUUCUAACAGAGACUACGAGGGAUAAAUUGAUUAGGGAUCACAGGUACAUUUAUUGCUAUGUAGCUUGAAUUGCAAAAAGUAUAUCCUAAAAAUCUCGGUAAUUGUAGAAAUUUUCCGAGCUAAUUGUUAUUGUUGUCAUCUUAAAUAUAUCACAAAUAUAGCAUGUUUGUCUCUGAACAAGAAACAUUUUCUUGUGAAGACAAGUUUUCGGGUUUGGCCAUCUUUUCGGCCUUCGGUUGGAGUUCUUAACGUUGUUGAAGACUAUUGUGCUUGUAAUUUUGGGCUGUUGGAAAUUGGGAUGGUUCACUUCUCUUUGUUGAAUCA